GCCCAUCGAUCAUAGAUCAUAGUUUAGUCACUGUGACCCUCUCGGGAAAUGGACACAUUUGGCUAUUGGAUCAAAUUGGGACUGGCAUUUCAUUUGAGGGUAUUUUUUGGCAAGCAGCCAGGGAAACGCCUGUGUGCCAAAUCUGCCAGCCACCCACCAAUACGAACUCAGUACUCACUCUCCUUACAACAAGGAAAGCUUGCUGUUAGCCUUCAUGUCCAAAGACGUGCCAGAAUCAAGCAAGGACAGUGAAAGCAUCUCCCCUCUAGGAGAGUCGAAAUCUCAACCACCGUCCACCGAGGACACUCAGUCAACCAACUCAAACUCCAUUCCACACAUUCACCCAUAUCGGGAUAUUGCAACAGAAUUAUUAUGGGUUAACAGGACGGUGGUGGCAGCUUCAUCGGCCGCCGUAGUUGGUGUAGCGGCUGGAUUUCCGUUUGACUCAAUCAAAACCAGAAUGCAGACCCAUCAUUAUGAUUCGAUGCUACAAUGCAUAAAGAGCACAUACCAUGAAGAAGGCAUGAGAGGCUAUUUCCGAGGUAUUAUACCCCCUUUGAUCACUGUCAGUAUCAUCAAGUCUGUAUCGUUUUCUGUGUACGAAGGCACGAAAAGUUUUUUGAGAGAACGCUAUCAAUUCUUCAAUCGGGAUUCGCUUUUAUCUGUAGCUGCUGUAUCGACACUUGGAGGAGCGACCAGUGGAAGUUUUAUUGCAACAUUUAGCUGCCCUUUAGAAUUGGUGAAAAUCCAACAGCAAUUACAGCACUUGUUAUUGACAAGCAGUAUGGCGACCGGUGGUACCAUUGUACGAGGUUCCAAUGGUGCUAAUGGUCAAAAAGUGGGUAUUCAGAGAACAGAUCUGGCUCAUAAAGUCGGUGCUGGUAUUCCCAUUACGACACAAGCUACCCGAUCGUCUUCAUCACCGCUGAGACCACCCAAACUCCCCAAUAUUGCCCUUCCAUCUACCACAUCUGAAAAAUUGGCUAAUAGCGUGUAUGGGAAGGUAACCCCCAUUGUUGAAGAUAUCCCAAAACAAACCACGCGACCGGCAAAUGGGCCGUCCACUUCUAGUUGGAGGUCUGCUCGCGAGAUUGUCCGACUGAAAGGCGUAAAAGGAUUAUGGAGUGGCUACUCACUACAUUUAUUUCGCGAUACCAUUGGAACGGCGGUAUAUUUUGGCACCUACGAAAGUACGAAACGUAUCCUCUCCUCACCCAGUUCACCACCCGGACCUUUGACGCAUUUUAUGGCAGGAGGAACUUGUGGCAUCCUUUGCUGGAUAGUUGUAUUUCCCAUUGACUUGAUCAAAUCAGUCAUGCAAAAAGAUAUCAUGGCACCAAAGCCAACAUAUGACACCAUACGGGAAUGUGUAAGCGAUAUCAAAGCUCGCCAAGGAUACCGUGGGUUCUAUCGUGGUAUGUCUGUCACUCUGAUGAGAGCAUUCCCCAUCCAUUCUUUGAACUUUUUAGUGUACGAGCAAGUCCUUCAAUUUGCACGCAAGACUGCUGGUCAUUGAUCUUAGGUUUAGAUUUCAGUAGCAUAGUUGUAUGUCUGAACCCUCUCUUUUUUUUUUAUUGCUGUUUGUUCUAAGUCGUUCUUUUUUAUUCUUGUUUUUGAUUCUCGCUUGCUUCUUUGCACUCGCAGUACUUUCAUAGAACUUGUUCGCAACUGUACUUGUAUUUACGUUUCUUCUUUUAAUCAACGCUUCAGUUUUGCUUUCCAUGCCAUGUACGACAAAUUUUAGGAUAAUAAUUUAAAAAAAAAAAAAUUCCUAAGCAAACAU